ACCACACUCUCUCACACAUCGCGAUGAGCUUGGGUACGAGUACUGUGUGCCCUAACAGCACAGUGGAAGGCGGAAAGCAAGGAGAAGGAAAAAAUUAGAGAAACCUGCACAACAUAAUUUGACAAAGGGGAAAUCGGGACUCAGACACAGCGCAUGAGAUCAAAAUGGGAAAGCCAUCAAGCAGAAAGUUAGGGGAAAAAAAAAAAAACUUGAAUGAAAAUGAAACAACUAGCUACAUCAAAAGUUCCCAUCUCACACGAUACCGAUACCUAUAAUACGUACCUACUCGCGUGCCCACCUCUAUCCACCUCCUCCCCGAACAAACACCAUACCACCCACGCCGGAGAGGAAAAACCCACCCUCCGAAACCUUACCCGCCCUCUCUCACGCUUAUUCCUUCGCACUCUUCUUCACACACAGACAAAACACAACCUCUUUUGUCUAAAGGAUAAAAAAAUAAAAAUAAGAAACCAAGAAGGAUUACAAGCAAUCAUGUCGACCACUCCGACAGCCGCCACUACAGCCCCCACCACCACCUCCGUCCCCCAGAGUCCCAGAGCAGAACCACUCCAAUCCCACUUCGCCAAACUCGCCCAAGACCCCAUAACCACACACCUCACAGACACGAACGCAAUCCCCAUCCUGUCUACCCAUCCGCAGCCCUCCUCGCCCGGCCUCUCCUCGCUUUCGUCCGCCUUCGUACAGGCACAUGACACAGCUUCCAGGAUGGGGCUGGGAAAGCCGCUGCGCGUCACGCUGGCGACCGCUUCCGGGGCGGCGGUGAUCCAGACUGCUACAGUCGAUGAGGGGAGUGGAGGUGGCGGAGGGGAGGAAGGGGUUGAUUAUGUUGGUGGUGGAAGUUCUGGUGGGGGAGGGGGAAGAGGUGGUGGUGGUGGUGGUAAUGGUGAGAUGCUGGUUGGGACGGUGAUUGCUAAGGUGGAUAGAUUGGCCGAAGCGAGGAUGGUUAGCUGGGGUGUCGAAGAGGUUGCUCGGAGGUUUCAGAAGAGUGCUGCGGGUGAUGGGUUAUAAUCCGCUCUCGGCCUGUGGAAUGAGAUGAGAUUGAUGACGGCCUGGUGGUCAUGUUAAUAACAUGCCACUUUUUCCACUUUACUUCUCUUGCAGUUUUUAACACUUUCCUCUCUUCUUCCCCAAAUAUGCUUUCAUACACGGUGGCUAAGUAAGCAAGGAUGUAAUGAGGUGGUUUGCCCGUUUGCCCGUUUGCCGUUUCAUCAUCAUCGCGCUGUAUCGGUAUAAUUAUUCGGCGUUUUUUCUUCUUUUCUUCUUUUCUUCUUUCCUUUUUCCUUUUUCCCAACAGCAAAUAACCCUUUACAACCGUUAUUUACCUGCUGCUUACUAUUUAUUACUCCUAAUACUUUUUUCUUUCUUACAAAGAAAAACCUCCCAACGGCGUACCGGCGGGAAUGUAGCACUUAGCUACUGGGCAAGAGGAGAAAAGGAAGAAUGGAAUAAAACCAUUGUAUCAAUGCAUUCGAGGCACCGAUAUUCAUCAUGUCAGGAUGGUUACUUGCCAUGAGCUUGUUAUUAUGCCUUAACACAACGAAACUAUCAAACA